CAAGUUACAACAAUACAAUCACAAAAAUGACUUCAACAGCCAGCCUCCUCGUGCUUGCUCUGGCAGGCAUCCUGCUCGUCACCUUCCCAAGCCUCUGCGCCGGCACCAUCGCAGCUCAUCACCUCUUUGCCAAGUGCCGCCCGAGCGGCUCGUUGGAGGGGCCGAGCACGGGCCACAUCUGCGGGGAGUGCUGCAAGCCCGGGCACGUCUACCCGAAGUACCAGUGCUCGCCACCGGUCACCAGAAACACCAGGGCCGUCAUGACGCUCAACAACUUUGAGGAGGGUGGUGAUGGCGGUGGCCCGUCGGAGUGCGAUAACAAGUACCACCUGAACACAGAGCACGUGGUGGCGCUCUCCACGGGGUGGUAUGCCAAGGGCAAGCGUUGCGGCAAGAACAUACGGAUCAGCGCCAAGGGUAGGUCCGUGCUCGCCAAGGUAGUGGACGAGUGUGACAGCCUGCACGGCUGCGACAAGCCACAUGCCUUCCAGCCGCCGUGUGAGCCCAACAUUGUCGACGCGUCCCAGUCCGUGUGGGACGCGUUGGACAUCACCGGUGACGAUGUUGGCGACUACCCUAUCACUUGGUCGGACGCAUGAUGAGUACUUGAUCUCUGGCCAGACUGCAUCCUCACUUUCUUUGAACUAAAACAACUACCUGUGUACUACAGUUUUUUGAGUUCUUCGUGAAUGUUUUGAGUGUUCUGUGUGUCCUGAAUGUCAUGUUGUACCAAAUCUGUUUUAAUGAAUAAACAAAGCAUGGGGAAAACCCUGUUCACUCAA